GGGUGAGUGUGUCAGCAGCGCUCCCUAGCUGCCUCCCCUCACUCCCCUCUGGAUCUGCUCUCCUGGCGCCCUCCGCCACUCCUCCCCUCCUCUCCCUACGAAAACAUUUUCGGGAAGAAUAAAGUUUUUUCCCCCCUCUCACGGACCUGAACGCAGCCAGCCAGCCGUUACUCAGAGCCAAACCGUGGCCUAGCAGGAAGAACGGCUCGACUAUGUGGAGAAAGAAGCGGGCACUUGGGGAAUCCUUGGCUUGUCUCGUAUUUCUUGUGACGCUCGUCGAUGCUUAUCGAUUCCUGAGCCAAAGCAGAGCCUCCCAGUUCCUGAGCAGGCACAAGAGAGCCAACUCUCUGUUUGAGGAAAGGAAGCCGGGCAACCUGGAGAGGGAGUGCAUAGAGGAACUGUGCAAUAAGGAGGAGGCCAGAGAGAUCUUUGAGAAUGAGCCUGAGACGGAAUACUUCUAUCCCAAAUAUGUUGCAUGUCUGGGUUCACACCGUGUCGGCAUACCCAGCCAGAACUCAGAUUCUGCCAUUCCAUCCGACCUUCGUACCUGUGUGACAGAAAUCAGCAAUCAGUGUACGCCGUAUCCGUGCUACAAGGAGGGCUCAGAGCGCUGUGAGGAUGGUCAGGCCUCCUUCACAUGUGUGUGUAAGCCUGGAUGGAAGGGGCCGCGCUGUGAGGAUGAUAUCGACGAGUGUUUGGAUCCUGAAUUUCCAGCUGGAUGUAACCAAAAAUGUAAAAACUUCCCCGGCAGUUUCCACUGUAUGUGUGAAGAGGGCUACUUCAUCACUGACAAGAUUAACUGCGUGGAUAUUGAUGAAUGCAUCUUGUACCCAAGUAUCUGUGCACAACCUGCCCAGUGUGUCAAUACACCGGGCAUGUACGAGUGCCAGUGUCCUGAAGGCUUCAAAUAUAACUUCACUUCCAAGACCUGCAAUGAUGUAGAUGAGUGCGAGGCUGAUGUGUGUGACGGGAAGUGCUUCAACACAGUGGGAAGCUAUGCGUGUCACUGUGAUGGCCGUGAGGGUCUUCGUUUGGCCGAGGAUCAUCGAUACUGUGAGAGUAUCCCUGUUUGUGUGGAGCUGUAUGAUUACAAACACCCUGAGAUGCUUUACCUGGGGGAACAGUUUGCUGGUCUUCCAGUCAUCUUCCUGCGCUUCCGUCUGCCGGAGAACACAAAGUUUGCAGCAGAAUUUGACUUUCGUACAUUUGACCCAGAAGGAGUCGUGCUGUAUGCUGAGUCAUCCCAGGACUCGUGGUUCAUGCUGGGGCUGAGAGGAGGUCGCAUUGAGGUCCAGUUCAAAAACCAGCAUACAUUCAAGGUCACCAGUGGAGGAAAAAUUAUCAAUGACGGUCAAUGGCAUGUGAUUUCUGUGGAUGAACUGGAGAGCAGCAUCAGCGUGAAGAUCAGCAAAGAAGCUGUGAUGAGCAUCAACAGCCCUGAGAGUCUCUUCACCUCAGUGAAUGGCAAACUAGAAACCAAGGUUUACAUCGCUGGUCUGCCAAACCGCACCGAUAACCUUGUCAAAGCUAUCAAUCCCCGCCUCGAUGGUUGCAUCCGGGGCUGGAACUUAAUGAACCAGGGGGCGUCUGGGGUAAAAGAGGUCAUCCAAGAGAAGAAGAGUAAACACUGCUUUGUGUAUGUGGAGCGAGGCUCUUUCUUUUCUGGGGCAGGACUUGCACAAUUCAACAUUGACUACAGUGAUUCUGGGAGCUGGAACGUAGAUGUAAUAAUGAACAUACGCCCAUCCAGCAGCACAGGCGUCCUCUUUGCUCUGGUCCAAAACAACACAGUCCCCCUGUCAGUCGCCGUCAUAACACAAGGAGAAGAAGAGGCAAAUCUUCAAGUGUUCCUCGACGGCGUCUCUGUGGCUACACUCGACUCACUCAUGUUGUGCUAUCCUGACCGGCUAAUGGUGCAACUGAAUGUGACUCCCACAGAAAUCAGGAUCUUGGCCAACUCAUCAACUGUCACCUACAUAACGUCUGAGGCCCUGCAGAAGGCACUGGAGCGUCUAAACAACACCAUGCAAAGCCCCGUCAGUACAUUUGUAGGAGGAAUACCAGACUAUGUCCCAUUACCCUCCACCCCUGUGUCAGCGUUUUACCACGGCUGCAUGGACGUCACUAUCAGCGGCCAGCAGCUGGACUUUGACGAGGCCCUCUUCAAACAUAACAGCAUUAAGUCUCAUUCCUGUCCUCCUGUUUCUGCCCCCGAGAGCCACCCUGAGGCAGCAGAUCUGCAAAGAAAGUGACUCUAAUUAAAAAGCCAUCACACUGAAAAGACAUCACAGGAGAACACAUCCCACUGCGACCACUUCUUGGGAUAUUUUGGAAAGACAGAAGAUUAGAUGGAGCGAUGGGAAUGAAGCGAGGAGGGAGGAUAGAUAUAGAUCUUAAUAGUCGUUUUUGUCGACUUUCUGUGAUGGGUUGGUUUCUGAAGUGUCACAUGCUUUUAUCAUACAGUAUUAUUGUUCCCAUCAUGGGAGUCUGUUUUUUAAUUAGUGAAGCACAACGAAAGCUGACUUGUCAGUGAGCUUGUCAAAAGCUGGAUGGGUUGAUGACGUAGUUGUAGCAUUUUGUUGCAAUGAAAUAAAUGCUUUGUAGCAAACAUUUAAAAAGAGCUGAGCUCUAUAGCACACAUUCCCUGUUUUGAAUAAGAGAUGGUUUUUGUUUAUGUAGAAAAAAAUGAACAAAUGGUCGGUGUUGACCAGGCUUUGGGACCACCUGCAUCUUAAUCCCUAUUGCUGAAUCAUGGUACUAUCUCUGAAUCCUGUUCACUGUGGCUGUUGGUGGAUUGGCGCUGAAAAUAACAGACAAGAAAGCUGAGGCUUAGUUUCCAGAUCUGUUGUAUUUUCUUGUUUGUAACACAAUCUCUUUUCAAGGUCAGUCUCUCAAGUAUAGCAGUGGUUAAACAACUUUUUAAGCACAUUUUGUCAUUGCCAGAGCCACUAUAGUUUUCAACAGAUGUUAACACUUCGCAGUAUAGAAAGUCUGGUCCAAGGACAGUCGACAGCUUGUGUUUUUCUUUUGUUUUUGCUGGAUUCUCCUUCUUGCCCCAUGUUCAGGAUUCAUCUUGUAUAUAAAACAAGCCAUCUUUAAUAUAUAACUUAAAUGUAGUUUUUCAGUGUUGUCUUUGUUGUAUGUUGUUUUAUUAAAAUUGGUCAGAGCAGCCUUUGAAAAAUA